AUGGAGGAAACAGAGGGAGGUCUAAGCUUUGAUUUCGAAGAACCUACCGCAUCUUUAGCCGCAAUCCACCAAUCCGCUGAUCGUAAUAGUAAUAAUGAUAAUAACGCAUCAUCCGCUUCUGCAGUGAACGUGAACUCAACAUCCGGCGACAACCCAGCUUCAAAUUUUCCCGGACGGAGGAGCUACCGUCAGACCGUAUGUCGCCACUGGCUCCGCGGUCUUUGUAUGAAAGGCGAGGCCUGCGGAUUCCUCCAUCAAUAUGACAAAUCAAGAAUGCCGAUAUGUCGAUUCUUCCGGUUGUACGGAGAGUGCCGACAACAGGACUGCGUUUAUAAACACACCACCGAAGAUAUCAAAGAGUGUAACAUGUACAAAUUAGGGUUUUGUCCCAAUGGUCCUGAUUGUCGAUACAGACAUGCAAAACUACCCGGACCUCCUCCUCCAGUCCAAGACGUACUCCAAAAGGUCCAAUUAAAUUCCAGUCAUGGGAAUCCCAAUAGGUUUUUCCAGAAUCGGAAUUCCAACCACUCUCAGCAAUCCGAAAAAUCCCAAUUUCCACAAGGGGUAAAUAGUGUCAAUCAAUUCAUCAUACCUACCUCAACAGAUUCUUCUACAUUUAGCCAGACAGCUUAA